UCGGAUCGUAUUUGGCAGGACUAAAAUUGUGGGGUCGAAAUUGGCAUUUUUCCCCUAAAAAGCACAUAUACAAACAUACUGUAGAAAGUGACGCGGGGUCCGCACUCAAUGCCAUUUAUGAUGACAUCAUCACAUUAAUAAGCCACCAAAAAGAACUUGAGUACCCUCUACGUUUCCUCUCGUCUUCCUCCUCUCAAUACAUAUAAACCCUUCCUUUCUCAUCUCCUCUGCUUACUGUUCUCUAAUCUAAUCUACACUCAGCUUUCAUUAAAAAACCUAAACACUUGAGUUUCUGAAAAAUGUCGGAAGAAUUCGACGAAUCUGAGAUCAUUUUCUCCGACAACUUCUUCCCAGCUCGCCGGCGUGAUGAAGCAAACGAGAAAGAGAAUCUUCCGGUUGAGUUACGAGAAAACACAAGACGGAGAAGGAGCAAAACGACGUCGUUGCCUUCACCGGCGGCAUUCUCGACGUCGCUUCCGGUGAAUAUACCGGGUGAUAUGAUGCGGCGGAGGUACUCGGAGGAUGAUGAAGAAUAUUCCGAUGACGACGGAGGAAGUAGGAAAAUGGUUCCGCCGCAUCUGAUCGUUGGACGGAGGAUGGAAGGUGGUCAGAUGGCGUUUUCCGUUUGUACAGGUAACGGGAGGACUCUCAAAGGAAGGGAUCUUAGCCGGGUUCGUAAUUCGGUUCUCAGGUUAACCGGUUUUUUGGAGGCUUAGUUUCGGACCGGUUCCCGGUUUAAUCAAAAUUUUCCGUCUUCCAAAUUUUUUUUCUCUUUAGCGGAAGAAUCAGCGGGUUAUUGUGUUUUUUUCUUUAGUUUUUUUUGAAGUUCAAAAGGAAAAUGUUAAAAGCAUUUAUUUCCUUUUUUAUUUAUUUAAUUUCUUAAUUUUGAUUGUUCUCAAAAGUAUAAUAGAGAAUAACAGAAGAAAAUCAUUCCAGAAUAUACGUUAUUAGAAUAAUAUGUAGUUGUUCUUUGCAGA